AUGAGACGCCGGAGCUCGGUCGAUUCCGAAAGCGGAACGCUGCUAUCGACCCAAGCAUCCACGAAACCCAUCCUCGCCGACGCCAUCAAGCCCUUCGCCGUCCACAACUAUUCUAAUGAACUUGCCGCUACGUACGCUGCACUCAUCCUUGCCGAUGAGGGCAUUGAAAUCACUUCGGACAAAAUUGUCGCGCUGACGAAUGCCGCAUCGGUUGAGCUUGAGCCAAUCUGGGCAUCUCUGCUCGCGAAGGCGCUUGAGGGCAAGAAUGUGAAGGAGCUCUUGUCGAACGUUGGUGCUGGUGGAGGUGCACCUGCAGUUGGCGCGGCACCUGCGGCUGGUGGAGGCGCGGCUGCAGCGGCGGAGGCACCGAAGGAGGAGGAGAAGAAAGAGGAGGAGAAGGAGGAGUCAGACGAUGACAUGGGCUUCGGUCUCUUCGAUUAGUCUCGUCUUCAAUUUGUUCUCUCUUCAUCGCAUCAUCUCGUCAUGUAACAAUGACAUGCAUAGCUCUAUUUAUCUGCCGCGUUUCCCCAGUCCAACUUCGUUUUUGACGGGUUUCCAAGACCUAUCCUUGUUGUGCUCUCACCUUAUCGCCGUGGUUGGCUGUCCCCGCAAUGGCGGAAGGAGCAAGUCGUCACGCAAACCGAAGCAUCGUUGCAUAAAUUACAGUCGCUUUUGAAGGGCUGUGCUCUCUUUCGCUAUGCUGUAAAGUUCCGUAGCCGAUAGUGAGAGCUGCUUCGAUCUCAUGCCUCUGAGCUCCUAUGUUCCAGGAGGUCGCCUCAAGCCACGUUCUCAAUCAAAACUGGGAUGGUGUAC